AGGGAGGGAGGGGCAUUGUGACCCCCACACAUGGGCACACACUGCCCAGGGCCUGCCAAGGGGCAGCAUCGGGCCAGGGGCAUGCACUAAAUAAGCACUGGUGCAAGCCUGGGGCAGGCUGAGACUGGAAGGGGCCUGGAAAGAGGCAGGGAAAGGGGGAGCUGGGACUCUCCCCCAGAACAGGCAGCCACAGCACCCAGAGCUGCCCCAUCCAGCCCGCACUUGUCUUGGGGCCUCUCAGCAGCCAGGUGGGAACAGGACCCAAAAGCUACACAGGGCACAGCCACGGUCACCAGAGUCCCCCGCCCCAGCUUCACCGUGAGCACGGCAGGGAGAGCAGCCCCGAGCCACAGCGGGGUCGAGACCUGCUGGGGAAGGCACCGCACACUGGGCAGCUGUCCCCGAGCCCCACGAUGCAGCCACCUCUGGAGAGGAGCCGCUCGCCAGCCUGCAGCCUCCCCAGGCAGCCCCCUCUGCACCCCAGCUGCCGGGGCCAGCAGCACGGAGCUGUGCCUUUAAGCCUCCAGUUUGCAGCGCCAGGGCACCUGACCUCAGCAUCCUCAGCUGAGUUGGAUUAAGGACUGGGGGUGGGUGCUUGGAGAGUCUCACUCCCCUCAUCCCCCCAGAGCCCAGCACAGCCCUGCUUUGGCUCCUGUGCCUUGCCACCCGCCAAACCGUGCCCGUUUAUAUCCCGGUGGAAGUGGACGUCUCGGGGAUCCUGUGCAGCUGUGCUGAUGGCAAAGGGGUUGUGGGAAGGCGCCUGGGGCUGGCAGGGGCAGGCAGUGGUGCCAGGAGGAAAAGCCCCCAGGGUGGGAUUCUAGCCGGACCUGCCAGAGUUGCCCGCCCGCUGCCAUGAAGGAUUUCACGGAGAUCACGCUGUGUGCCGACGCGCUGGACCAGAGCAAGACAGAGUUUUGCAAUCCUGCCUUUGAACCUGAGAGCGAGGGGGCCGGGGCCAUGCCCCCCGCCCGGCACCGGACAGAGGCCAAGAACGGGAGCAUCACGGGAGCCACCUGGAACGGCCUCGGCCGGCAGGGCUGGCGCCCGACGGGGGAGAUGCUGCGCCCCGACUGCAGGUUCUCGGGGCUCUGCGUGGUGCUGCUGAGCGUCCUCCUGCUGCUGCUCCUCGCCCUGCUCCUCGGCCUCAUCCUCUCCCAGCUGACGUCCCCCCACCCAGGCAGCUCUCCCUCCCUGGCUCCCCCUGCCAGCAGCACCACGCCACCUGCCCCCCGGAGCUCCCCGCCCCCCCAGGAACAGAGCAAGCUGCCCACAGCUGGCACGCCAGAGCCAGCCUGCGGCGGGACCCUGCGAGGCCGCGAGGGCUCCUUCAGCUCCCCCAACUACCCGGCGCCCUACCCCCCCAACGCCCUGUGCGUGUGGCACAUCCGGGUGCCCCCCGAGCUGGCCGUGCAGCUGAAGGUGGAGGCGCUCAGCAUGGAGGGAACUGCCACCUGCCUCUUCGACCGCCUGGAGCUCUACGAGGAGCCCGACGAUGAGGGCACGGGGACCAGUGCUCCCCCGGGCAGUGCAGUCAGGUUCUGUGGCAGCGUGGCCCCCCCCACGCUCAACACCAACACCAGCCGGCUCCGUGUCACCUUCGUGUCGGACGGCAGCGUGGGCGCCCGGGGCUUCAGCGCCCGCUACCGUGCCAUUGCGCCCAACGAGAGGAGCUGCGCCUGGGACGAGUUCCUGUGCGACGCCGGGCGCUGCCUGCCCCUGGCCUCCGUCUGCGACAGCUUCCACGACUGCACAGACUACAGUGACGAAGCCAACUGCAGCCACAAGCCCCCAGAGUGCGGCGGGGCGCUGACCAGCCUGGAGGGGCAGAUCUCCACCCCCAACCACCCCCGGCCCUACCCGCACCAGCAGCUGUGCCUGUGGCAGAUCUCGGUGCCCAAGGGCCACCUCAUCACCUUGCACUUCCACAACUUCAGCCUGGAGGCGCAGGACGGCUGCUCCUUCGACUUUGUGGAGGUGCACGAUGGUGCAGGCACCAGUGCCCGCAACCUGCUGGGCAGGUUCUGCGGCUCCCGACUGCCGCCUGUCCUGACCUCGACACGCCACGUCAUGACUGUCCUGUUCGUGGCCGAUGACGGGGUGGCCGACGACGGGUUCUUCGCCACCUACCAGGCCUGGAACGCCACGGAGCGGACGUGCAGCCCCUGGGAGUUCCCCUGCGGGAACGGGGAGUGCCAGGCGCCCGAGGCGGUGUGUGAUGGCUGGCAUGGCUGUCCUGAUGGCAGCGACGAGCUCAACUGCACCAGCACGCGCCCCCCGCCUGUCGAGUCCUGUGAGCUGAUCCAGGUGGAGAUGUGCCUCGGGCUGAGCUACAAUGCCACGGCCUUCCCCAACAUCUGGCUGAACAUCCCCGACCAGCAAGGCGCCGCCGACGUGCUGCAGGGCUACAAGAGCCUGGCAGGGCUGUCCUGCUACCAGUCCCUGCGCCUGCUGGUCUGCGGGCUCUUCGUGCCCCAGUGUACACCCGACGGGGGGGUCCUGCGGCCCUGCCGCCCCGUGUGCCUGGCAGCUGAGCAGCGCUGCCAGCCGGCCCUUGACCUCCUGGGCAUUGCCUGGCCCAUCAACUGCAGCAUCCUGCCAGACACCAGCCACCCCGGGGAGUGCGUCCAGCCAUGAGCCCCCCCGCACAGCCCCCCUGCAGCAGGGCAGGAGCUCCCACCUGGGCUCCUGGGGGUAGAGCCCCCAGCCCAGCAGCAGGGAGGUGUAUCGUGGCUGUGUCCUCCCAUGGGCCAUCUGGUUCCAACCCCAGCUUUCCCACAGCCCAUGUGUCCAGCCAUGAUGAUCCUCCUGUGCCUCAGUUUCCCCCUCUGUAAAGCAGAGGCGAAGGUAGGCCUCUGGGCCAAGGUGGGAGGAUGAAGUCACGGCAGCUGGUGAGGGUCCCUGGUCAAAGCCUCAUAGGGAAUGGCCCUCGCCCAGCCCUGUGCCCUGCUCCACCUCCCUGGGGCAGCCGGGGUCGGGGGGGCUGGGCCAGUACAUGCCCCUCCAUGGGGCAGCCUAAGGCAUUGGGGGCCCAGGGGCUUUGGCUCCCCAGUGUCUUUCCUUGCCCGUUUUAUGGGUGCUUCUCUCCAGAGCUGCCUGCGUGCCAGGAAACUUACUGCAGCAGGUUGAGGGUUAAUCCUGAAUGCAGGGCACAUCCUGGGCCCGUGGCUGGCAGCAGCUGUCUCCUUCACCCGGGAUGUCUCGUGCCUUGGGUAAUAAACAGCGUGAGCAGCUUGCAAACACGCUUGGCCUCACCACUGCCUGGAGCACGCGUGUAUGUGAGGGGAGGGGGGGAGCAGGGGCCACCAGCACCCCCACCUCCGAGCUGGGGAAACCAAGGCACAGAGGAGGGAGUGCAGUGUGUAGAUAGGGGCACGGUGGGAUGAACCCCGAGGUGCCCAAGGCUCCAGGCCCUGGAGCAUGGGUAUCACAGGCUGGGGGCAGGGAGUGGGCAAAGACCUGGCUGCUGGCUGGGGGCACAAGAUCAGAGCCAAGCUGUGGCUGGCAAGAGCUGGGGAAGCAGCAGGCGCUGCCUUGGCUCCUCCCUGGCCCAGUAGCAGGUCCCCAGGGACCGAUGCUCAGCUCCGAGCCCAUCUCACACCCUGGCCGGGGAAGGGGGACAAGGGGCUUCCGCUCUGGAGUAUGGGAAAGGGCCAAGGCCGGAGCUGCUGAGCCCUGGCGCGUCUCCCAGCCAUAGGCCAUUCAGCCUGGAGGAGCCUCAAAGCCACUGAGCCACGCCGGCCAAAGGCAACAUCCGUCCUAACCUUGGAAAAAAACCACUGGAGGCCUGGACGGGCUGACCCUGGGCUGGGCACCACAACAGCUGGCGCUGCCACCGGGCCUGCGUGCCUGCUGCAGAGCAGGGAGGAGCCCAGGCCCAGCAAAGCCUUCCCUGGGGAGGGCAUGGGGAGAGCAGGGUGGGAGCCAUGGGCUGGUGUGUGCACCAUGCGUGUGCAUUGCCAGGGGAUGUGUGUGCAAGCAGGGAUAUGUUUUCUAUUAGCAGGGGUGUGCAUGAGCAGGGUAAUACAUGUGCUGCCAGUUCAUGGAGCAUGUGCACAACAUUCAAGGGGCCGCGUGUCAGGCUCAUGUGUCUGUACCGUGUUGGCGGGUGUGCGGCACAGGGCUGGCAGCCAGGGGCUUGGCUGUGAUGUGACGGGAAGUGCAGGGAGUGCUCCAGGGGCGGGUGGUGGGUGUUGGCUGUGAAUGGUGUGUGUGUGUGUGUAC